CUUGUCUUGUAUUCGUUUGGCCUCACUGGCUCUCGUCACCGUGCCUGGCAGACGCAGUUCGCUCGUACGCCAAAGGUGCUACAGUUUGACGCACACGUUUGCCUUGCCUGCCCACGACUUGUGCUAUGCAGAAUCUGCCUAUUGAACUGCCGGACCUCACGGUGCCGCCCAAGAUCCAGGUGCCACCAUCUAGUGAACUAAAGCGACUGACCGAGGAGCAGGCGUUCCUGCGCAUCUACCAGCUGCUGGUAGCGUACACCACGUUUGCCCAGCACAUGGCCAACACAAGCCAUGGUAUGGCGAGCUGCAGCGGCCACGCCAUCGCAGCGACCAGCAAGCGCAGCGCCGCGGGCGCCGCCACGGCCCUCCAGGUGGCGGCCAACAGCCAACGGAACGCCGACCAACUGCAGGAGCUUCGCUGCGACGUGCGACUGUCGAGCGCGGCGCACGGCAGCCAGGCGCAGUUCGCGGCGGCCGAUGCCAGCGCAGUGGGCCUCAUCCUGGACACGUACGCGGACUGCUCCAAACGCCUGCUGGCCCACUACAGCGUGGCAGUGGGUGUGCAGAAGCUUCUGCAUUCGGUGCACGGGUACCUGCUGCACUUGGUGCGCCUCAAGAGCCCCUACCCGGUAACCGACAACGCCGAGCCCCCCGAGGUCUUCGAGCAGGCCUCGUACUGAGCCUCAGUGCUGCUUCACUUGUGUCCCUCGCAAGCAAGGUGACUGGCCAAAGAGGUCCCCACCUCUCUCUGACCAAUAGUCGCCAGGAAAAAAAAAUGUGGCACAACUCCUAAUACAUGCCAAAUGUACGGCCACUAUCAACUGCAGUGUGCCAAACUAACGGCUACAGUCAGAUGGAAAAAGACUUUGUCGGCUUCGUAGCCCCUUUAUGACUCAAUAAAACAAGAGCGCUUUCG